CAGACAACUACCGAUAUACCCAUCCACCAUGUCUCUCGACAUAACAACCUUCCACAACAUCAUCAACAACGAAGCAACAACCACCCCAACAACACGCCACAGCUUGAACCCAGCAACCAGCACACCGAACCCAGCGGUCCCCAUCUCAACGCAGGAUGACCUCAACACCGCGGUAGAGGCCGCGCAAAGCGCCUUCACAAGCUGGUCGCGCACCACGAUCCCUUACCGCCGCAGCCUCCUGGAAACCUACGCCACGCUCCUGGAAACCCACAAAACCGCCCUCGCGACCCUCCUCACGCAAGAACAGGGCAAACCGCUCAGCCAAGCGCAGAUCGAAGUGGAGAUGGCGAUCCGCUGGACGCGCGCGAUCCCAACACUGGAGAUCCCCGAAUCCACGCUGGAGGACACGGCCGACCGGAAGAUCAUCCAGCGAUACGUACCGAUCGGGGUGUGCGCGGCCAUUGUGCCGUGGAAUUAUCCCGUGUUGCUGGCGGUGGGCAAGAUCGUGCCCGCUGUGUAUACGGGGAAUACGGUGAUCGUGAAGCCCAGUCCGUAUACGCCUUACUGCGCGAUCAAGUUGGUGGAGCUUGCGGCGCGGUGUUUCCCGCCGGGGGUUGUGCAGGUGCUUAGUGGUGGCGAGGAGUUGGGGCCGUGGAUGACGGCGCAUCCUGGGAUUCAGAAGGUGAGUUUUACGGGGUCCAAUGCCACGGGACGGAAGGUGAUGGAGGCGUGUGCUAGGGGCAUGAAGAGGGUUACGUUGGAGUUGGGUGGGAAUGAUGCUGCUAUCGUGUGUGAGGAUGUGGAUGUUGAUGCUGUUGUUGCUAAGAUCGGUAUCAUCGCCUUCAUCUGCUCCUCGCAGAUCUGCAUGACCAUCAAGCGACUGUACGUGCACGAGAAGAUCUACGACACCGUCCGUGACAAGCUGGUGCAAUUCGUGCGCAACCUGAAGGUAGGCGACGGCAGCGAGCCGGACACCUUCUUCGGGCCAGUGCAGAACCGCAUGCAAUUCGACAAGGCCAGCGAUCUUCUCUCCGCCACGCACGCCGCGGGCCUGCAGACCAUCGCCGCCGGCGACCUCCCCGCGCACUUGGACAAGGGGUACUUCAUCCAGCCCACUAUCGUGGAUAACCCGCCGGAGGACUCGCGGGUCGUGCGCGAGGAACCCUUCGCGCCGAUCCUGCCUCUGCUGAAAUGGUCGGACGAGGACGAUGUCAUUGCUCGCGCGAAUGACUCGGAGUAUGCACUUAGUGCCUCGGUUUGGAGUCGCGAUAUGGUGCAGGCGCGGCGGUUGGUGGAUCGGUUGCAGGUUGGUUCGGUGUGGGUGAAUUCGCAUUUCGAUGUCGCGCCGCAUGUGCCCUUUGGGGGGCAUAAGGCUAGUGGGAUUGGGACGGAGUGGGGAUUGAAUGGCUUGAUUGGAUGGUGUAAUUCGCAGACUAUCUGGUUCAGGAGUCAGUUGUGA